AUGGUUGGCAAAACUGGAUUAACAGCAAACGAAAAGUAGUUAUUAUUGGAUAAGCAUAAUUAGCUAAGAAAUUUGAUUGCAAGUGGCGGUCAGUCACCUAAUCCUCAAGCUUCAAAUAUGGCUGCCUUGAAUUGGGAUAAUGAUUUAGCAUCAGGAGCUUAGGAUUGGGCAGAUUCUAUGAAUUACUAUCAUAGUGAUGAUGCUGGAGAUUCUUAUGGAGAAAAUUUAGCUUAAUCUCUGUAUGGAAAAGAUACAGCUUAUGAUCCAUAAAAUCAUGUUUAGCUCUGGUACAAUGAAGUACUUGUAAAAACAUGGAGUUCAAGUUAUGUUGCUUCAUAUUCAUUUUUAGAGGAUUAUGCUCAUUUUUCUUAACUAGCAUGGGCAGCAACUACUGCUGUUGGUUGUGGACAUUCUUACUUUUAUGAUGGAAAAUAUCAUAUUCAUUAUACUGUUUGUAGAUAUUCUGUUCCAGGUAAUGCUUCGAAUUAAUCAAUGUAUUAAUCAGGUAAUCCAUGCUCAGCUUGUGGCAAAUAGCAAUCAUGCAAUUCAAUAUUUACCUCCCUAUGUGGCUAAACAACUGCUAUACCUGGUGCAACAAAUGCUCAAGGUAGCGGGUCAAGCAGUUCAGGAAGCUCAUCUUCUGGAAGUGGUUCUGGUAGUUCAGGAAGCUCAUCUUCUGGAAGCAGCUCUAGUUCAGGAAGUUCAUCUUCCGGAAGUGGUUCUGGUAGUUCAGGAAGCUCAUCUUCUGGAGGAAGUGGUUCUGGUAGUUCUGGAAGUUCAUCUUCCGGAAGUGGUUCUGGUAACUCAGGAAGUUCAUCAUCUGGAAGUGGUUCUGGUAGUUCAGGAAGUUCAUCAUCUGGAAGUGGUUCUGGUAGUUCAGGAAGUUCAUCUUCUGGAAGUGGUUCUGGUAGUUCAGGAAGUUCUUCUUCAGGAAGUGGCUCUAGUUCAGGUAGCUAAUCUUCUGGAAGUGGUUCUGGUAGUUCUGGAAGUUCGUCAUCUGGAAGCGGUUCUGGUAGUUCAGGAAGCUCAUCUUCUGGAAAUGGUUCUGGUAGUUCAGCUAGUGGAUCUUCUGCUGGCGCAUAAUAGGCAAACACAACGGCUAGCUAUAGUAAUUUAAGCAAGGUUAAUUUUAUAUUAAUUAUUGCUUUUAUUAUUUUUACAUGA